UUGUAAAUCAGAGCACCAUGCAACACUUUUUUCUAUUAUCAGAGAUAUUUAUUCUGAUUGUUUUCUUCUUUUGACCAUUCUCCAGUAGUUAAUCUGCAUCUCCAUAGAAUUACACGCUUUCUUGACUCCAAGUAAACAUGCAGCCAUUUGCCCAACCUAGAUCUAGAAAUCAAGCAAACUACACGUUAAAUGAUAAGAAACAAACCAGCCAUAGCAAAGAUUGUGUUUCAUGUGGAAGUCUCCAAACUGACUUGGAAUUUGAAAUAGAUGGAAGACGCUUUAAAUUCAAUCAUGAUUUAACUGCUUCUAUCUUACAUACUUACUAUAGAAAGUUCAACAUGGUUGAGAAGAAAACAGUAAAGGUUCAGCUCAUCAAAUUGUCUUCCAACAUGCUGAAUGAGUUUGUAUUAAGCAAAAGCGGUUGUUGUAUAAACUACUCAUGGUAUACUGAAAACGUUUUAGAACUCUGGGAUGCAGCCAGACUCCUGAAGGUUCCAUCCCUCAUUAGAAUUUGUGAAGCGAACGUUGGCCAGAUUUUUUCCGAGGACAAUUUUGAGAGUAUCUACACAAAGGCUCAUCUCUACAAGUCCGACAUCGUUCUCAACAAAGCUAAAGAAUUUUUGGUUCGCUUUUUUCAAAACAACAAGAAAGGCAGUCAACUAAUGAAAGACUGGGAAGUGGGCGUGAUACGUGUUUUAACUUACGAAGACAUUUUGUACUUAGUAAAAGAAUGGCCAUUCAGACCGGAUAUGAGUGACGAUGUUUUGAAAUCUAUUUUUAACUGGACUGAAAACUAUGACAAUCGAGGUCCAUGUUCGAGCUCAAAGAACGAUGAUCUAGACAUGUCAUCUCAAAAAACAAGAGACAAUGAUCUAGACAUGUCAUCUCAGAAAAUAAGAGACUAUGACAAAGUCGUUUUAUGCACGGAAUACGAGAAGUUUGAAAACAAAAGUUCCAUUCUCUAUACACUGUUAAAAGACUCCAAAUAUCGUUCAGCCAGCCUUGAAUGUCUUCAAGAGCUGUCCAGACAUGGCAUGUGUCAGCGAGACCAAGAAGCGAAACUUCUUAUAAAUGAAGCCAUAAGCUGCAAGCUAGAUAAAAAUACUCAUGGAUACUGGUUUCCCUCCCAGCUAUAUGGAAACCUUCAAAAUUACAGACAUAUUGGUGUGUUAGCUGAUAAAGAUCGAGUAAGCAUUAUGUAUCUCGAUCAUUCCUUCUAUAACUGGCGUAGACUUUCUAAAUGUCUAUUACAUUCGACAAUUACAAAUUUAACAGUAUUUGAUAACGAGCUGUACGCCAUCAGCAGCACAGGUUUAGAAAGUUUGAUCUUUGUGUUUAGAAAUGAAGAAUGGAAAUUUGUUUUGGACCUUCCCAAUAAAAACUUUGUGGUUGUCUCUAAGGGAGAAUUUAUCUACGUCAUAGACGGCACAAGCAGCAGCGUGAAAUGUGUGUCGCCGAGAGGGACUCCAGUUCUUCACAGCGAGAUCAAGUUCCCUGACAUGAUGAGAAAUCCAGAGAGUGCUUUAGACUUUGACAGAAGUAUCUUGAUUUUCUGUUCCACUGACUCUGAUGAGAGGUCGACAGUGUUUUGUUUAGACGUACCUGAACAUAAAUGGACUUACUGUGGACAUCUUGAAGGUUCAGCUAAAUAUUUGGUUGGAUUUAGAAAUGAAACAAACUACUUUAUACUACAAAGAGAUGGAUCGAUCAGCCAAGUGUUAAGGAAACUAGAUGAUUGGAUUGAAUUUAUAUUCAUUAAACGUCUGUGGUCUUUUCAAAGCGCUCUUCGAGGAGCAUUCAUCUACAGUGAUGAACUUUAUAUUUUUAGCAACACACCCGUCGAGAGUUUAUGUUUUCCUGGAGUUUCUGGUGUGUUCUCUAAGAUCCAGUACUGGUACCAAGAAAAAGAGGCUUGUAACUUUGUACGCUUUAUUAUGCCAUUCGAGUUUAUAAGGAGGUCAGAACAUUUACUGGAACGUUUACCAGAAUCUAACAACUAAUUAUUCAGGUUCGCGUUCAUAUAAUUUUCGGUUGUUUGUGACAGUGGCCUUUAACCAUAAACUUCGAAAUAGUGGGGCCUAUAACAAACAAAAAAAAACUUAGUGAGGUGACUUAAUGUUGCGAGACUAGACACGUAGAUUUAGAUUUAGCUUUUGAAAUGUUAAAAAAUAUAUGACAAUAUUGCCAUAUUGUCUCUACAGCUUUAGUUCAUCUAAUUGAGCUUCUACUAGGAUCUUUCAAAGUUCCUUUAAAGAAUUGCAGCAUCAUAAGUGACUCUUUCGCAAACAGAAUUCACACAUUGAUCUGAGUUCAAGCUGAAACUUUGCAUAAUUAUACAUUGUCCAUAACAAAACAUGAAUAAAUACAAAAAAAAAAAAAAAAGAAUAUAGAGAUAAUUAAUUGUCAGGGGGAGGUAUGGCGAGAAUGAAUGUUAGUUUGAUAUUUUGGUAUGAUUGUUAUAUCCCCUUGUUAUGAAUGCAAAAUGUUGCUCGUGUUAUGAACUGAGUGAUUGAGUCUUCGUUGAAUGUGUUGAAUGUGCGAGAGAGUGUGUUCAGUCAGUAAGGUCUUGCUCCCGGUCCAGGAAGGUUGGACGUUUACUUCCUGGACUGGUAUUUAUGCAUUUAUAUAUUUACAAGGAACAUAAAAGCACCAAGAUGCCUGUGUGUAGUCGCUGAAUGAACUCUUUAUGUUGUGUCUGUUGUAUGUAUGUGUAUUUUUCUGUUGUGUUGUCUGUAUAUGAGAAAAGAGUCCUUGUAAUCGAAACAAAUCUCAUUGAGGAUCAAUAAAGCAGUCUUAGCCUUAAACGUUUAA